CAGGAAAUAUGAGAAAGAGAAAUGAUUAUCUUUACCAAAGGAGAGGGUUUGGUGCACAUACAAGGUUAGAUCCUUUGGUAGGCAAGUCUCCUUCCAAUACUGGAGUCACUCCCAAAUUAGCCAAACCUAAGACUUUAAUCUCGCAGUCUCUUCAUAAAGAAAAUAGAAUGACUGAAAGCAGGCUAAAGCCUAAAGAAAAUAGUGCGCCUACCAGUUAUCUGCCUAAGAAGAAUCUUGGUGAUGAACUUAUUAUUAUUAAAGUGACUGAUGAAAGAAAGAAUAUCAACAAAAAUUUUGAGCUAAAAAGCAGCCUUCUUCGAGGAAUGAAAUAUUUUGACAAACAUUUGAAAAGCACAGAUUCAGCAGAGGAUAUUGACAUAAGCAUUCACUGAGAUGUAACAAUAUUCGAGUGGUUGAUGAGUUACAUUAAAAAUAAAAACCCAAGGUUGAGCAAACAGAACGUGAUUCCGAUUCUAAUCUCUGCAGAGUUUUUAAUAAUAAAAAGGCUUACAGACGAGUGCAUAGAAUACAUUGUCAAUAAUAUAUCAGAAAUAGUCAAAGUGCCUAUUGAUAUGAACUGCUUAAGCAGAGAUCUGGUUAAGAAAUUGGCAGACUCGAUGACAUUAGACCAGUUAGAUGAGUUUAAAGACUCCAAGGACUCCCUUCAGUCUAAACUCUAUGCCCAUAAAUUAGAUGAUUUGAUGAAAGUGGAGAAAAACAAAUUGUCAAGAUGAAUUCACUGUAAUAUUCUAUAUACUGAAGAGCAAUCGCAAUGGAUGACUUGUCCCAAAGCUGGCAUUUAUAUAGACUAUCGUGGAAGAGUCAUUUCUAAGCAUGUUGCAGAUGCCAAUUGGAGUAUUAACGAAUUUUUAACCUUCAUGAACAAAUAAUGUGUCCUGGAGACAUUGCUUUUGGAAGAUUUGGGCAAGACUCAAAUAUGAUGAAUGAACUUUCUGAGGACAGAAGUUUGUUUAUUCUGAAUAUGAUCAUUGAACAUAUCACCCUGAAGCUCCAGAAUUCCAAUAUGGCUCCAAUACAGGAACGUAUCCAUGAUGACAAGCUGAAGCAGUCAGAUUUACAACUAGUGUUCAUAAAGGAGGUUGCAAAAAUCAGAGGCAUAUUUUCAAAAAUCUUCAGACAGAUUCAAGAGAAUACUAUUUCUUGUCUAAGCAUUAUGAACUUUUUAAAGAGCCAGUAAUAAAGCCAAGUACUUCUGAAGCAACAAAUGAAAAUAAGUCUACACAUGAAGAAUGUGAAUCUAAAAAUUCUGAAAUAAAAUCCAAGAUGAUGUCUCUACUAACCCUAGUAAAAGAAUUUUCUUCAGGAAAAUAUUUAAAAUUAAGAAACAAGAACUGUCUGAAAUGAGCCCAAUGUGGAACUUGAUGAAAUGAGUGAUUAAUGAUUGAGGAAGAAGAUGAUAACACUCCAGAUUUUAAUUUUGUGCUACCUAAAAAACUCCAAGCAUCUUCCCAUACUCAAUUGUUCAGAGAUGAAAGCUAUAUUAAGCAACCCAACACAAAAAAUUUGGAUAAAUACAAGUUGUGGAAGUACGACUAUUUCCGCGAUAAAGAUAGAGAUGCUAUGAUUGAUAUUGCAGAAAAGUUAAAAUAAACAAAGAACCAAGGUUAAGUCACCAGUUUCUAAACCUUCAAAGCCCCUGUAUUUAAGAGGAAUCUCAAAAAGUUCGACCAAAGCAAGUAGUAAAAUGAGUUUUAAGUCUUCAGCCAAGAGUACCCCUAAAGUUGGGUAUAAAUCAGUAGGAUCGAAUAGAUACCAAAUUCAUAAUAAAGGGCGCUAACCCCUUGUCA